AACGAUCGUCACUUGAGAGGCUGCCGAGGGUUUGUGUGUUUGUGUUGCUGUCGGUGACUAUCCUAGAGGGAAGUAGCUUGUACUUGGAUCACAGCUUAUUCCUUGCACUAGUGCAAAUCUUGCGUCGAUACAUACCAAUCAAAGAAAAUCAUGGCCGAUGGAAAGAAUCCUGAUGAUUUGGCGACUGCAAUCCUUCGCAAGAAGGACAGGCCAAACAGGCUUCUGGUGGAAGAGGCUGUCAACGAUGAUAACUCAGUAGUUGCACUUUCGCAGGCGAAAAUGGACGAGUUACAGCUCUUCAGAGGAGAUACUGUUCUCUUAAAAGGUAAAAGGCGCAAGGAGACUGUAUGCAUUGUACUUUCCGAUGAAACUUGCCCGGAUGAGAAGAUUCGCAUCAACCGAAUUGUUCGCAACAAUUUACGCGUCCGCCUGUCGGACGUUGUAUCCAUCCAGGCUUGUCCAGAUGUGCGCUACGGAAAGAGGAUUCACGUUCUUCCUAUCGACGAUACUGUGGAGGGGCUCACUGGUAAUUUAUUCGAGGUGUAUUUAAAGCCCUACUUCCUUGAAGCGUACAGGCCAAUUCACAAAGAAGAUGUGUUCUUGGUACGCGGUGGUAUGCGCGCAGUUGAGUUCAAAGUUGUUGAAACUGAACCAAGCGCAUAUUGCAUCGUCGCUCCUGAUACUGUAAUUCAUUGCGAUGGAGAUCCAAUCAAACGCGAGGAAGAAGAAGAAGUUCUUAAUGCUGUUGGUUACGAUGAUAUUGGAGGAUGCAGAAAGCAACUGGCACAGAUUAAGGAGAUGGUUGAGCUCCCGCUGAGACAUCCGUCUUUAUUCAAAGCUAUUGGCGUGAAGCCACCACGCGGUAUAUUGCUGUACGGACCACCAGGUACAGGUAAAACUUUGAUUGCUCGUGCAGUCGCCAACGAGACUGGCGCAUUCUUUUUCCUCAUCAAUGGACCUGAAAUUAUGAGUAAAUUGGCCGGAGAGAGUGAGAGUAAUCUUCGCAAAGCAUUCGAAGAAGCUGACAAGAACAGUCCAGCAAUUAUCUUCAUUGAUGAAUUGGAUGCAAUUGCACCAAAACGUGAAAAAACUCACGGUGAGGUUGAAAGGCGUAUUGUUUCCCAAUUGUUGACACUCAUGGAUGGUAUGAAGAAGAGUUCUCAUGUAAUAGUUAUGGCUGCUACUAACAGGCCUAAUUCAAUUGAUCCGGCUCUUAGACGUUUCGGCCGCUUUGACAGAGAAAUCGAUAUCGGAAUACCAGAUGCCACUGGCCGUUUAGAGGUACUUAGGAUUCACACUAAGAACAUGAAGCUGUUCGAUGAUGUCGAUUUGGAACAGAUUGCUGCCGAGACUCACGGUCAUGUUGGUGCAGAUUUGGCAUCACUCUGUUCGGAAGCUGCAUUACAGCAGAUCCGUGAAAAGAUGGAUCUUAUUGAUUUGGAAGAUGAUCAAAUCGAUGCUGAAGUUUUGUCUUCUUUGGCCGUUACUAUGGAGAACUUCAGAUACGCUAUGACUAAGAGUAGCCCGAGUGCUCUUAGGGAAACAGUCGUUGAAGUACCCAACGUCACCUGGGAAGAUGUUGGAGGUUUGGAAGGCGUCAAGCGUGAAUUGCAAGAAUUGGUUCAAUACCCAGUCGAGCAUCCUGAUAAAUUCCUUAAGUUCGGUAUGCAACCGUCCCGCGGCGUACUGUUCUAUGGUCCACCAGGUUGCGGUAAGACUCUGUUGGCUAAGGCUAUUGCAAAUGAAUGCCAGGCCAACUUUAUUUCCGUCAAGGGUCCCGAAUUAUUGACCAUGUGGUUUGGUGAAUCUGAAGCCAAUGUUAGGGAUAUUUUCGACAAAGCCAGAUCUGCCAGUCCUUGCGUGUUGUUCUUCGAUGAAUUAGAUUCCAUCGCAAAAUCUCGUGGAGGAAACGUUGGAGACGCCGGUGGUGCCGCUGACAGGGUUAUCAAUCAAAUCCUUACUGAAAUGGAUGGUAUGGGCGCUAAAAAGAACGUAUUUAUCAUUGGUGCUACUAACAGACCAGAUAUCAUUGAUCCCGCAAUUCUGCGUCCUGGUCGUCUCGAUCAAUUGAUUUACAUCCCAUUGCCCGAUGAGAAGUCUCGCGAGGCUAUCUUUAAGGCGAAUUUGAGGAAAUCACCGGUAGCACGUGAUGUCGAAAUGACCUACAUCGCUAAAGUGACACACGGCUUCUCUGGUGCAGAUAUCACAGAAAUUUGCCAACGCGCUUGCAAAUUGGCCAUCAGGCAAUCGAUUGAAAACGAAAUCCGCAGAGAAAGGGAGCGUGCCUCAAAUCCCAAUCACGCCAUGGACAUGGACGAGGACGAUCCUGUUCCGGAGAUAACCAGAGCUCAUUUCGAAGAAGCUAUGCGUUUCGCUAGACGUUCAGUUUCCGACAACGAUAUCCGUAAAUACGAGAUGUUCGCACAAACAUUGCAGCAGUCGAGGGGCUUCGGCACGAAUUUCCGCUUCCCAUCCCAAGCUGGAAACCCGGCAGCCCCAGGUGGUGGCACUGGAGGCGACCAAGGGAACUUCCAAGACGAUCCAGAGGAUGACCUUUACAGCUAGACAAAAUCGCUCUUAAAUUAACUGCAACAACAACAAAAAAUAACUUUACUUUUAUAUUUGUAAUUUAUUAGUUUUCAUUAUUAUAAUAUCUGAAUGGUUUACUUGUGAACGAUAACGAAACGCAAACACACACACACACAGUAAUGUUUAUUUUCUCGUUAUUUUAUUUGAGAAUAAUAAUAAAAAAAAGGAAAAAAGUAAAAUUGGAAAUGUAAUGUGGGUUUUUUGGUUUGUGUCAUCUGUAAGAGUGAAAUUACUGUAAGCAAAUGUUAAUUCUUUGUGAAUUCCUCAAAUUAUGUUAUCAGAUACAUUCUCGGUAGGUUUUAAAGGAAAUAGAUUUUUAGUAAAUACAAUAUUUAAGGUUUUAAUUUUG